AUGCAAAAAUUGCCUCCAACGCCUCUAAUUUUAAGCAUAAUAGAAGGAGCCAAUCUGCAUUUAUUAGCUGAUUUUAGCAUCAAGCCUUUUAUAAUUUUCCAGAACGGCGAUAAACACUUUAGGACAGGAGUAGGGAUCGCAAAGGGAGACAUGAAGCAUCUGUGAAAUCAAGAGAUUGAAAUCUUUUUGGAGCCUUCCCAGCCAUUAAUCGCAUCACUUUAUACUACUGAUGAAGACGGAGAAUAUGAAGUAGGGAGAAUCACGUUUUUGUAUAAUGAUCUCGUUGAAUAUGGGGAAAAAGCUAAAGAUAUGUGGGUUGCUUUUGGGUCAGAAAAUAAAAAAUCGUCAGGGAAUAUUGCGGGAAUUUUGAAAACAGGGUUAAUUAGCAAUUUAGGAGAGUCGCCGCAGCUGCAUAUAUAUGUAAAGAUUUCGAACUAUAUAUUGAAAAAUGAAUUGAAUGUUAGAGUCAGCGAUUACCGGAUAAUUAUAAGAGGUGAAGAUGCCUUUACGCUAUAUCAGGUUACAGUAAAUAAGAUAGAUGGGACCAAUUGAAAUUUAGAAUUGAGAUAUUCAGAUAUCUCUGCGUUGAGAAGUGAAAUUAUUAGAGUUUAUCCUGAGCUAAAGAAAUUUCCUUUUCCCAAGAAAACUUAUUUUGAGUGACUUGCGUGUGUGUGGCCAAAACUAGGAAGAUUUGAUAUUAGAGUAAUUGAAAAACGAAAAUCCUCGAUUGAAGACUUACUAAAUUAUUUGCUAGAAAUUUCUGAUAAGUUUGAUACUGGAAAAUUAAAUAGGCUACUAAAACUCAAUUAG